AUGGAUUUGCUACACCUUAACACUCUUCAGAGCCUUUCACUGCUCGGAGGAAAUCGCUUGGGUCAAACGAUUCAGGAGCUGAAUAACUUUUAUCAAACGAAACUUAAUGUGUUUUUCGAGUUCGGGAAUAGUUUAAACAAUUUAGAAGUCCGACAGCCUUACAUGCCCAUUGUCUGGAUCAGAAAUUCCAAACACCAAAUGGUUCUUGAAGGAAACUUUAGCAGUUGCACAUUGAGCAUCUUAUACCUGGAUGAUGAACAAUUUAUUAGCAGUCUCAAGUACCUAACAAAUUGGUUGUGGAAGUAUCAUCAUCUUCAAGUGUUAAUAUAUUAUUAUAAUGGAUGUUAUACGAAACUAGUAGAAAUAUUUAGCCUUUGCUUCAAAGAAGGCUUAGUGAAAGUGUUGGUAAUGUUACCUGAUUCUGAAGGACUUUAUAGCUUUGCUCCAUAUCAGGAAAUGAGGAUUUUGCACUUCCGAAGUGUCAAGGAUUAUUAUGACUACACUGGUAUUAAAACCAAUUUAAAUGGGUAUAAUAUAACCAGUGGCCUUGUAACAUCGGCAGCUCCUCGUUCGUUCACCUUCAGAGAUCGUCAUAACAACUUAAUUCUAUCUGGAUAUAUGCUUGAGAUGAUUGUGGAGUUUACUAAUCAUUUUAAUGGAUCGGUUCGUCUAAAAGAUGUGGUUACAGUGAGCGAUGGUCUUGAACUUUUGGCCAAUCGCACGAUUGAUUUUUUUCCCUUCCUAAUCAGACCAAUUGAAACAUUUGCAAUGAGCAAUGUUCUUUAUAUGGAAAAUUGCGGCUUUAUAGUGCCUUCGUCAAGACUUUUGCCUAAUUGGAUUUAUUUAAUCAAACCCUACACCUUCAGCACCUGGAUCAUCUGGAUAUUUAUGAUUAUUUACUGCUCCUUUGCUUUGAGAAUUUUAUCUAAAAGAAAAAUAAGCCUCAGUGCCGCUUUUUUAGAAACUCUUCGGUUGCUAUUGUUUCUUCCAGGUGGAAGAGACAUGGGUCUUCGUCCAACUUAUCAUCGAUUUUUACUUGUUAUGAUACUAACAAUAUCUGGAUUCAUAUUAACCAAUCUUUAUCUGGCUCAACUUUCCAGUAAUUUGACUGCAGGUCUUUACGAGAAACAAAUAAAUACAUGGGAGGACUUGGAUGAAGUUAAUGCAAUUUGGCCCUUGAUCGAUGUUGAUAUUAAUACUAUGCAUAAAUUAAUACCGGAUCGAAAGAUUCUGCUAAAACGCAUAGUUCCAACAUCAGAAGCAGAUGUAGAUUCAUUUCGCAGGAACCUAAAUACAAGCUGCAUUCACUCGGGAUUCUUUGAUCGUAUAGAAUUCGCACUUUAUCAACAACAAUUCCUGAAAUUUCCCAUUUUCCGGAAAUUUCCACAUAUCCUAUACCAGCAACCUCUUCAAAUCUCCACUGCGUUUGGACGUCCCUACAUGGAAUCAUUUAAUUGGUUUGUGCGGAAAAUAUUUGAGAGUGGAAUUUAUCUUAAGAUGAAGGACGAUGCCUAUCGACAUGGAGUUCAAAGUGGCUUACUGAAUUUCAAAUUUCGCGAUCGCCAUUUGGAAGUAAAAUCCAAUGAUGUGGAGUAUUAUUACCUGAUUGCAGGAUUUUGGUUAGGUGGUUUGACUUUGGCUACCUUCACAUUUCUUAUGGAAUUGCUUAUUGGAUCUACUGAAAUCAAAGUAACCUUAGACUUUAAAAAAAUGUAA